CAAAAAAUAUAAAAAAUGCAUUAACUAAAUUUCUAACAAAUAAAAUUUAAUGGACAAAUAAAACCAUAAGCCCGUUUUGGUCAUACCUUAACUAUGAUAACCAAAUCAAAAGCAAUAUUAUUUGGUGGCGCUAUAGGAGAUUCUGGUAAAUUUAUAAUCACAAAUGAAACCUAUUAAUAUGAUUUCGAACUGUAAAAAUGGGAAAAGCUUGAUUGUAUAGGUGAAAUUCCUUCAUAAAGAGCUGCACAUGCUUCAUGUCAAUUUGAAUAAAACCAAAUAAUGAUAUUUGGAGGUGCGGCAUCAGGAAGUGGUGGACUUUCAAAUGAUGAUUUAUAUUUGUUAAACAUAAAAUACAAUACUAAUAACAUUACAAGUGCAGCCUUUGUAAAAGUUCCAACAACAGGAAUUUCACCAGGUAAAAGAUAUGGGCAUAUAAUGAUAUAUCAAAAGCCUAAUUUAAUAGUUUUUGGAGGAAACACAGGUUUAGUUUCUGUCAAUGACGUAUGGACUUUAAAUUUCGAAAAAUAACCAUAUCAAUGGCAAAAAUAAUGCACUUAAAGUAAAGAUUAGCCAAUCCCAAGAGUUUAUCAUUCAGCUUCUAUCUGUUCUUCAGGCUCUGCAAAUGGAAUGGUUAUAAUUUUUGGAGGUCGCUCAUAAGAAUAGGUUCCUUUGAAUGACACUUGGGGUCUUAGAAGGCAUAGAAAUGGCGUUUGGGAUUGGAUUUAGGCGCCUUAUAAAUAAAAUGGAUAUAUGCCUGUUGGUAGAUAUUAACAUAAAACAGAAUUUUCGGGAAAUUAAAUGAUCGUUGUGGGAGGAAGAACUAUCGAAAAUACAGAUGAAUAGGGAAGCUUUAUAGAUAUUUAUGAUACUGAAAAUAGUGAAUGGCGGAAAAUGACUUGCUUUAAUAGAUAUAGGCACAGUUUAGUUAUUUUUGAAGAAAAUAUGUAUGUCCAUGGAGGAUUUGAACCUUAAUUUCCUAAUAAACCUUUAGAAACAAUGAUUUAAGUGGAUUUAAAGGAUUUAUUUUUUAAUAAAAAAGGAGGUGUUUUAAAUGAGAAGAAUUUAUUUAAUGAAAAAUAAUAUAUUUUUGAAUAAAAUUAAACGUAAAUUUUGGAAAAAAAUUAAAUUUUGGAAAAAAAUAAUACUUUUUUGGAAAAAAAUAAUCAAUUUUUGACAAAAGAGAAUAAAUUUUAAAGCUAAUUUUAAGUAGACUUAAAAUAAAAAUAAAGGUCUCAUACACCAAUAAAAUAAUAAAGUAAUAAUAGAGAUAUUCGACUAAGCAAUUAAGUAGUAGUAGCCACAACUACACUAUAAGAUUUCGAAAAUUAAAGCAAUUACUAGAAUAAUAAUAAUAAUAGUAACAGUAGUGCAGGAAAUAAUAUAAAGAAAGUCAAUCUUUUAGAUUUAUAAGAAGAAUCUAGAAAAUUAAACGCUUCAGAAUAUAAUGAAUAGUCUAUGUUAAUGAUGGUAUAACCUUCAGAUUAAUAAACAUCGAAUUUAUUUGAAAUAUUUAUUAAUACUUUAGGCAAGAAACCAUAAGAAUGGAAAUAUAAUGAAAUCCGUUUACCUUUUAAAAAAGAGUUAAUAAUAAGACUUUGUGAAGAAACAUAUUAAAAAGUUAUUUAAUAACACACAGUUUUACGAUUGAGAGUUCCUUUGAAAAUAUUUGGAAACAUUCACGGUAGAUUUGGAGAUUUGCUAAGGUUUUUUGAUAGUUUUGGCUGUCCAAUAGAAGAUGGAGAUAUAGAAAAAUUCGAUUAUUUAUUUUUAGGAAAUUAUGUAGAUAGAGGAUUUAAUUCUUUAGAAACAGUACUUCUUUUAUUCGCUUUAAAAUGCAAAUUUCCAGAUUCUUUCCAUCUUUUAAAAGGAGCACAUGAAGAAAGAAAAAUAAACAAGCUUUUUGGUUUCGGUGAAGAAUGUGCAAUUCGCCUUUCAGAUGAUAUACAAGACCUCCAUUCUAUAUAUAAUAGAAUAAAUAGAGUUUUUGAUGCACUUCCUCUUGCAGCCCUUUGUGAAGACUAUAUUAUGUUUGUAUCUGGAGGUUUAGGCCCUAAUGUAAACCAUGUGAAUGAUAUUAUGGAUAUAAAAAGACCCAUAAGUGCUUUUUAAAAUCCUAUAGUCUAUGAUUUAUUGUUUAGUGAUUAUUUAGAAAGUGAUGUAGUAUUAAAUAGUGAAAAUAAAUAAAAAGAUUUAUUCGGAAAUGCAUAAACGUUUAACUUUUCGGAAAAAAAAGUAGAAAAAUUCUUAUAAGAAACAGGACUUAAUAUGAUUAUUAGAUCUAGUGAAUGUGUUCUGGAAGGAAUUCAUAGAAAUAAAUAAGGAACUGUCACUACUAUUUCGAGUUAAACUGAUUUUAUGGGAAAAUAUGGUAAUAAGGCUUGUAUGGUUAAAAUCAGAAAAAAUUUUUAGAUUGAACCUUGCAUUAUUUAAUAACUUCCUUAUAGAAACGGUAAUUGGAUUGGUUCUGAAAAUAAUAUUAAAUCUAAUGUUUAUUUUACUGAGGAUGAACAAAAAAUUAGAAAAAAAUAAGUUAAUAAUUUACUUAAAAUAUGA